UAUAGGAUUGAUGCUUCAUUAUUAAUUAGUUAUAGCCACAUACUUAAAUUAAAAUCGAUGGUGAAGAUGGAUAAUCCCUCAAUUAUGAUAUUCAUGAUUAUAACUUGUUUGGUUGUAAAUAUGUUGGGUGGUGGAAUGGCACAAAUUAGAAACGAGAGUAGUGUUGUAGUGAAAGUUGGAGCUGUACUUGAUGUUAGCAAUGGAACGGUUGGGAUAAUAGGAUUGAGCUGCAUCAACAUGGCUCUCUCAGAUUUCUAUGAAUCUCAUUCUCAUUACAAAACCAGAAUUCAAAUCAUCGUUAGGGAUUCUCAUAAGGACGUCGUCACUUCAGCCGCACACGCUCUGGAUCUCAUAAAAAAUGAGGAAGUGCAAGCAAUCAUAGGACCAAUAACAACAAUGGAAGCAAAUUUCGUGAUUCAAAUAGGAGAAAAAGCACACAUACCCAUUGUAACCUUUUCAGCAACAAGCCCUUCACUAGCAUCACUUCAAAGUCCAUAUUUUUUCCAAAUAUCACAAAUUGAUUCAGCUCAAGUAAAAGUCAUCACCACAAUUAUCCAAGCUUUUGGUUGGAAACAAGUUAUCCCCAUUUACAUAGACAAUAGUUUUGGUGAAGGACUCAUACCUUAUUUAACCAACGUUCUUCAACAAGCCAAUAUCCAAGUUCCAUAUCUAAGUGCAAUUUCUCUUUCAGCCACAGAUGAUGCUAUCACUGAUGAGCUUUAUAAAAUAAUGACUACUAUACCCACUAGAGUAUUUAUUGUGCACAUGUCACCAAAUCUUGGGUCUAAACUUUUUACCUUAGCAAAAAAAAUUGGGAUGAUGGGUGAAGGCUAUGUUUGGAUAGUAACCGAUAGUAUGGCUAAUUUGUUCAAUUCAUUGAAUUUGAAUGUGUGGGAAUCAAUGGAAGGAGUAAUUGGUGUGAGGACUUAUAUUCCUAGAACAAAAAAGCUAGAUGAUUUUGGAGUUAGAUGGAAAAGAAAAUUCAUAAGUGACAAUCCAACACUUGUUGACAUAAAUUUGAACAUUUUUGGUAUAUGGGCUUAUGAUGCUACAAUUGCAUUGGCAAUGGCUAUUGAGAAAGUUGGAAUUGGAAACACCAAAUUUGGUUACAAUGAGAGCAACACAUUAAGCAAUUACUACAUACCUAGUUUUGAAAAGUUUGGUAUUGCUCAAAAUGGUGAGAAAUUGAGUGAAGCUUUGUCAAACGCUCGCUUUAAAGGUCUUAGUGGUGAUUUCAAUGUUGUUGAUGGGAAGCUACAAGCAUCAAUAUUUGAGAUAAUCAAUGUGAUUGGUAAUGGAGAAAAGAGGGUUGGAUUUUGGACACCAAAUAAAGGGCUGGCUAGAAAUUUGGAUACCAAGGGUCUAAUAAGCAAUAAUAGCAUAUAUUCUAGUUCUAAAAAUGAUCUUGGAUCAAUCAUAUGGCCAGGGGAUAUAUAUUCUAUUCCAAAGGGAUGGGAAAUUCCAACUAUUGGGAAGAAGUUGAGGAUAGGUGUUCCAGUUAAAAAAGGAGAUAAUUAUGCUGAAUUUGUGAAAGUAACAUAUGAUCAUAAUACCAAUAAAACAGAUGCCACUGGAUUCUGCAUUGAUGUCUUCAAAGCUGUAGUCGAUGUUUUGCCUUACGCCUUACCAUAUGAAUUUUUUCGAUUUGCAAAGCCUGAUGGUGAAAUGGCUGGAAACUACAAUGACUUGAUCGCUCAAAUUUAUUACGGGAACUAUGAUGCAGUAGUGGGGGAUGUAACAAUCACUGCAAACAGAUCCAACUAUGUUGAUUUCACAAUGCCAUUCACAGAAACUGGUGUAUCAAUGGUUGUUUCAACGAAAGACAACAGGAAGAAAAAUGCAUGGGCAUUUUUGAAACCAUUGACAUGGGGUCUUUGGGUAACAUCAGGUUGUUCAUUUGUAUUCAUUGGAUUUGUUGUAUGGGUUCUUGAACAUAGAAUAAACAACAAUUUCAGGGGACCACCCUCUCAUCAGAUUGGCACAAGUUUAUGGUUUUCAUUUUCAACUAUGGUCUAUGCUCAUAGAGAGAAAGUGGUGAGCAACUUGGGUAGAUUUGUGGUGGUCGUAUGGAUUUUUGUGGUUCUAAUUUUGGUUCAAAGUUACACUGCAAGCUUGACUUCACACUUAACAGUUGAACAACUAAGUCCAACUAUUACAGAUGUUAACCAACUUCUAAAGAAUAAAAUGAAUGUUGGCUAUCUUAAAGGUUCUUUUGUUUAUGGAAUUUUAAAGAACUUGAGUUUUUCAGACUCUCAGCUCAUUACUUAUCAAUCACCAGGAGAAUGUCAUGAGCUUUUCCUAAAAGGAAGUGUAAAUGGUGGCAUUGAUGCAGCUUUUCUUGAGGCUGCAUAUUUUAAGCACUUUCUUGGGACUUAUAGUUGUUCAAAGUAUGUCAUGGUUGGACCAAGAUAUAAAACUGGUGGUCUUGGUUUUGCCUUUCCAAAAGGUUCACCUCUUGUAGCCGACAUUUCUCGGGCAAUUCUAAACGUCACUCAAGGAGACAAAAUGAGAACAAUUGAGAAUGCAUGGUUCAAAGAACCUAGUUGUCUAGUUUCUAGUUCAGAAAUUUCCUCAAAUAACAAUCUUGGACUUGAAAGUUUUUGGGGACUGUUUCUCAUUGCAGGGAUUGCUUCCUUAUUGGCACUACUAAUCUUUAUGGUAACUUUUAUAUAUCAGCACAAACAUAUUUUGUUAAACAAUGAUCCAAUUACUUCAAUAUGGCGACGAGUUUGCAUCUUUGUAAGGAUAUUUGAUCAAAGAGACUUGAAUUGUCACACAUUUGAAAAAAGUGAAAAUAAGAAUGAAAAUAGUAACAAUUCUCAUGACGACGAUUUAGGUGCAGUUGAGAUCUCUCUAGGCACACAUUGUCCUCCUAGUCCAUCUAGUCAAACUGAAUUAAACGUUUCAGUUCAUGGCGAUUUUAGUCCCAACACGGUAAUAGAUGUUGGAUGCAACGGUGAAAUUAACAUCCAAGAAACAUGACAAUCCUCGUCUACAAUUGUAAGUUGGAACAUCAAGCUCCUAAUUAUAUAAUGCUAUUGUUGGAUGCUAUUGUAUUGAACUAUAAGGACCUCAUGGUCAAAGAAUAAUCGUCAAACCAAUCUAGGAACUGGCUUAAGCUCCUGAUUAUUGUACUGAUUAUCAAGAUUAAUUUUAUGCCCCAAUUGUAAUAGCUCAUAAAAAAGAAUAUAUAAUUUGGCCUUUUUUUGAGUUACUUCAUGUUGUUGGAACGUUAACAUGGUAACCUAAACAAAAUGUCAAAUUCUAUACAAAUUUGGCCUUCCCUUUGUUUUUUUUUUUUUGGAUAAAUGCUUAUUUAUCCCUGCAAAAUUUGAGAUUUUUUGUUUA